ACGAGGCUGUACCAUGGACAACCGUAGACUAGAAUCAAACUAUCCUCCGCUAUCCUCCUUCGCAAUUGGGCAGGCAAAAUUGAAGGCCUCGCUCGGCCAACUCCGAAGACAAACAAGUCGCACGUGCUGAUUGAACCCAGGUGCCUUUAUAUCCCGAUAAGGCAAUUUUUGUACCUUGCAGAAUUCUUCCAUGCAUAUCGAUUUUUUGACAGCCGCGCCGAUCUGCUACCGUGCCGCCCCCUAUGUAGCGCCCUAGCACGACUGCGAGAAUAGAUGCUUUGCACGCCCGCCGUCCUUCCCGUCCACCACGUCCCUCAUGUCGCCCGCGAGCACCCUGGGCAGCGGCAGGCGCGUCGCGGUUGCGCUGGUCACCGUUGCGAUCGUGUUUCUGCUGCCGCUGAGUGUUUAUCGGUCGUCCCCCGCCGCGGAUGUCUCACAGGCCCCAUCCGCAACCGUCGCGCUCGUUGGAGAGAGUCAGCCCUGGGACACCCGGCAUUUUGUCCGGCCCUCGAAAAUUGGCGCGGCCUCUUUCAAAGACAAGUUGAGAGCGGACGUCAAGUACUUGGUACAAUGGGGCGGUCCCGUAGGCUUCAGCAACCAGAUCAUCUCUCAAUUCCACGUUCUUUACCUUGCGCUGCUAUCGGAGCGCGUACCCAUCAUACCACCUUUCAUCGCUAACGGGCAUGUCGGCUUUGACGAGCCGCUUCUUUCCUUCAGCGACGUCUUCGACCUCGAACAUCUCCGUGCUCAACUGCGCGCACCUGUCCUCGAAUGGUCCGACGUCCAAGCUAGCAACGGCGCAUCAGAUACUCUCGGCUGUUGGGCGCUCGCCAACUGGCACGAAGCCGCGCAAACGCCCAUGGAUUUCUCGCACGCGCUCGGCGUCGACGUCGUCUAUACCCCCGUCCCCCACGACCCGCGCAGCGAGUACAUGUAUGCCACGGAGACGCUCGCUGAGCUCGUGCAUCCCGGGUCCGUGCUCUCGCAGGUGUACCGGUCGUCGCCCGAGGCGCAGCAGUCGACCCUGCCUCCAGAUGAUCAUCUAGCGUGCUUUGACUUCACGUACUUCGUGUCGUCGACGGCGGAUCUGAAUCUGGACCACAGCGCGGGGUCGUAUUGGCCUGCGUGGUGGAUGGCGGGACGGCAUGUGCGGUUUACGCGCGCGGUACGAGAGCGGGCUCAGGCGCAGCUGCGUCGAGCGUUUGCGCUGUCGCCGGGGGAUGCUGUCCCAAGCGUGCGUUAUGCCUUUGGUAAUCGCACACAGUUGCUGACGACUGUUUCUCGUAGUUCAUCUCUGUUCACGUUCGGCGAGGCGACUUCGUCGAGGUAUGUGGUGAUGUGCCCAUGAGCGAGUGCUUUGCCCCUCUAUCGGCCUACGUCAGGCGCGUGCAAGAGGUGCAGGAGGAACUAGAACAACGAGAGGGCGUGGCCGUCCGGCGCAUCAUCGUGUCAUCCAGUG